CGAGUGGAGUCGUGUUAACAGUAGGACUCAUCAUGGCGCUCGGUUCACCCCAGAACGAGCAUCCUUUCGGCCAUUUGAUCGACACUCUCCAGAGCGAACAAUAUGAAGAGCGGAGAUAUUUCAACCCACAGAAGCUUAGUGAUGUCAGAUACGAGAAACUGCCGUUCUGCAUGCGAGUUCUCCUGGAGUCCGCCAUUCGGAAGUGUGACGAAUUCUACGUGAAAACAGAGGAUGUGGCCGGGAUUUUGGACUGGCAGGUGCAGCAGAAUCAAGCCGAGGUUGUGUUCUCGCCCGCCAGGGUUCUGCUGCAGGAUUUCACGGGAAUUCCUGCUAUGGUGGAUCUGGCAGCCAUGAGAGAUGCUUUAGCUAAACAAGGGGUCGAUCCGAGCCUGGUGAACCCAAGAUGCCCCACAGAUCUCAUUGUAGAUCAUUCACUGCAGAUUGACUACAGCAAAUGUGGCAUCCAGAGCCCUCCAGCAUCUGUAGAUGAGAGUCCAACUGUCAGAUCUCCAGCCGGUCGUCCAUCUUCACGAGUUAGCAGCUCUAGCGGUCACUGUUCAGGACAGCGGUCGGGUCAUCGGGGCGGCUGCAGUAAACCCUCCUGCUCUGACGCCCCUGGUGGCCGAACUGCAGCAGUACAGAUAGAAAACACACCUUUGCUGUGCCCCUUCCACCUACAGCCUGUUUCAGAGCCUGAAACCAUGAUCAGAAAUCAAGAGAUGGAGCUAAUCAGAAACAAAGAGAGGCUGCAGUUCUUUAAGUGGUGUUCAAAAUCUUUUAAAAACGUCAACGUGGUCCCGCCAGACAUCAGCACGGUUCAUCAGCUGAAUCUGGAGUACCUGUGCCAGGUGGUGCAGGAAGAGGAGGGCUUUAUUUAUCCAGACAGUGUGGUGGGAACAGACUCUCAUACAACCAUGAUUAACGGCCUCGGGAUCCUAGGCUGGGGAGUUGGAGGUAUUGAAUCUGAGGCGGUGAUGUUAGGUCAGCCCAUUUCUUUGACUUUGCCGCAGGUGAUCGGCUGUAAGCUUGUGGGGACCAUUAAUCCUCUUGCCACAUCCAUUGAUAUUGUCCUGGGCAUUACUAAGCAUCUGCGUCAGGCAGGAAUCGGCGGAAAGUUUGUGGAGUUUUUCGGACCUGGUGUCCCGCAGCUCUCUGCCCCCGAUCGGACCACCAUCGCCAACAUGUGUCCAGAGUACAACGCCACCGUCAGCUUCUUCCCUGUGGAUGACAUCACCCUGCAGCACUUUAAACAUACCAUCUGCAGUGAGGAGAAGCUGCUGGUUUUAGAAGAUUAUCUGAAGGCUGUCAAACUCUUCAGAAGCUACGACGACCAAUCAGAAGAGCCGCAGUAUUCAGAAGUCAUCGAGAUGAACCUGAGCUCCAUUGUGCCUCAUGUCAGUGGACCCAAACGGCCGCAGGACCGAGUCGCCAUCACCGGCAUGAAGGAGGACUUCAUCAACUGCUUAAAUGAGAAGGUUGGUUUUAAGGGCUUCCACAUAUCCAAAGAGAAGCAGGCCACUCUGGUGCCGUUCCUGCAUGACGGUGCGAAGUAUAACCUGGCACACGGAUCUGUGGUCAUCGCUGCUGUCAUCAGCUGCACCAAUAACUGCAACCCAUCUGUCAUGCUGGCCGCAGGUCUGCUAGCAAAGAAAGCUGUGGAGGCUGGGCUGAUGGUAAAACCAUACAUCAGGACGAGUCUGGUGCCCGGCAGUGGGACCGUCACACAUUACCUGAACACCAGCGGAGUCCUGCCCUUCCUCAAGAGACUCGGUUUUGAGGUUGUAGGUUAUGGAUGUGAGACGUGUGUAGGAAACACAGCACCUUUACCUGAAAGUGUGGUGGACGCCGUCAAACAGGGUGAUUUGGUGGCGUGUGGUGUUCUGUCCGGAAACAGGCAUUUAGAGGGACGCCUGUGCGAUUGCGUGCGGGCCAAUUAUUUGGCCUCCCCGCCACUAGUAGUCGCAUACGCUAUCGCAGGCACAGUUAGUAUAAACCUGGAGACGGAGCCGCUGGGAGUGAACGCAGACGGCAAAGACGUGUUUCUGUGUGAUAUCUGGCCGACCAAAGAGGAAGUGAACCACAUAGAGGAGAACAUCGUCAUCGCUUCCAUGUUCACAGAGCUGAGGAGCCGGAUGGAGAAAGGAAGUUCGUUCUGGAAUAAUUUAGAGUCUGCUGAAUCUGCACUUUUCCCUUGGGAUCCCAAAUCCACCUACAUACGCUGUCCGUCCUUCUUCAGCAAAAUGUCUAAAGAGGUGUGCUCUCCUCAGUCCAUUGACGGCGCAUAUCCGCUCCUCUUUCUGGGUGAUAAAGUAACAACCGAUCACAUUUCUCCAGCUGGAAGCAUCGCAAGAGUCAGUGCUGCCGCCAAAUACCUGCAGAGCAAACGUCUGACUCCUCGUGAGUUCAAUUCUUAUGGCGCACGCAGAGGAAAUGAUGCCGUGAUGACUCGAGGAACAUUUGCCAGCAUAAAGCUUCAAAACCGCCUCAUCGGGAAAACUGGACCCAAAACACUGCACAUUCCUACAGGACAGACGCUGGAUGUGUUUGAAGCUGCUGAGCGCUAUCAGAGAGAUGGAGUUCCUCUCAUCAUCCUGGCUGGAAAAGAGUAUGGCUCAGGCAGCUCACGGGACUGGGCUGCCAAAGGACCAUAUUUGCUGGGCGUGCGUGCAGUGAUAGCUGAGAGUUUUGAGAAGAUUCAUAGGAAUCAUUUGGUGGGUAUGGGAAUCGCUCCUCUUCAGUUUUUACCGGGACAGAAUGCAGACUCGCUGGAGCUGUGUGGAAAAGAGCGAUUCACCAUCAACAUCCCACAGGAGCUCACGGCCAGACAGCAGAUCACUGUACAGACGAGCAAUGGGAAGAGUUUCAUAGUCACGGCUCUCUUCGAGAACGACAUGGAUGUGGAGUUUUUCCGUCACGGGGGCAUCCUGAAGUAUGUGGCUCGCUCUCUGCUGCCAUAAAGUGUAAUCAUAUGGACCUCUGAACACCACAGCGCCACCUAGAGGCUUUCAAGAGGCCUUAAAAACUCUGAACGCUGUGCCUCUCGUUUGCCCAAUCCUCCAGAGGAUGUCAUUAUUUUGCACUUAAAGACAACAAAUGUCCGACGUUUCUCUCCAAAUGGUCCUCUCCACUCUCAGACGGUCGUUUCAGGGUCUGGUUGUGGAGCUUGAGCUUUGGUAGGUUUGAUUUGGGCAUUUUGUAAUGCAGUGCCUGCGACGUGUCAAAAAAACUGUACUGAGCUUUUCCGGUGCAUAAAACCGAGCCGGCGGAGGCUUCGCUCUUCCGUAAUGGUGCUGAUUUGAUGAAGCUUUUUCUGCGCUGGUUUCUGUAUGUACGUCCACAUGUUGCCGUCACGCUGAAAAAUAAAUCAAAUGCGCACUCUUGGUUCAAUCCGAUCCUGUAGAAUAUCAGUUUAUUUAUUAUGAUCGUCCAUUUCAUGUCUUCUCCUAUUAGGAACGUGACUGAAGGAGGAAAGGAAGUCGCAUGUUUAACAUCUGACGGUGGCCGAGAUGUGUCCUCAGCUCAACACAACGUAUUAAAUAUUAAUACGAGUGAAUUUCUGAGGUGAACGAUGGCUGGUUGUGGUACUUUCGCUGUGCUGUUUGCCUUGUUCGGCUUCAGUCUUUGUGUUUCUGUAUGUGAAGACAGUAUUUUCACUCCUCGGCACAGGGGUGAGAGAUGCAGUAGAUUAAUAAAUCAUUGUUUUCUUGGAUUAUGCUGUUAUUGUAAAUAAUUUUUAAUAAAUAACGAGAUCAGCA